UUCAUCUCAAAAAAAAAAAAAAAAAUCCACAGCAACCUACUCAUAAUCAAACAAUAUUCCCUAGCCUUCUUCUUCUCUCAUAUUUCUUCUGGAACUAGAUUCAGCUAUGGAUUCAAACAACAAUGAAAUAAUCCAUGACUUCCCACCUUUCUUCAAAGUCUUCAAAGAUGGUCGCAUAGAGAGGUACGUGCGACCCCGUGGCGACGUUCCGGCGGGACCCGACCCAACAACCGGAGUCCAAUCCAAAGACGUGGUGGUCUCGCCUGAAACCGGGGUAAAGGCUUGUAUUUUGAUCCCCAAAAUCAACGGCGAAGGUCAGAAGUUGCCCCUCUUAGUCAAUUACCACGGUGGAGGCUUCUGUCUGGGAUCAGCCUUUGAAGAAAUUUUUAAGAAGUUCCUUUCAUCGCUAGUCCUCAAAGCCAACGUCAUUGUAGUUUCUGUUGACUACAGGCUAGCCCCAGAGCAUCCUCUACCAAUUGCCUACGACGAUUCCUCAGCCGCUUUGCACUGGAUCGCUUCCCACUCUGACGGAGAAGGGCCUGAAGCUUGGCUCAACGAGUAUGCAGAUCUGGACAGGGUUUUCUUGGGCGGUGAGAGUGCUGGAGCCAACAUCGCUCAUUAUGUUGCGGUCCAAGCUGGGGUUAAUGUUCCAGUGGGGUUGAACAUUGUUGGCUUAGUUAUGUUGCACCCCUUCUUUGGAGGUAAAGAGUGUGACAAGAUGUAUAAGUUUUUAAGCUCAACGAGUUCAGGGUGCGAUGAUGAUCCGAAACUGAACCCGGCAGCGGAUCCGGACUUGGUGAAAUUGCCAUGUAGGAAGGUGUUGGUUUGUGUUGCGGAGAAAGAUUGGCUGAGAGAUAGAGGAGUGAGCUACUAUGAGACUCUAGAGAAACUGAAAGGGGAAGGGUUUGCGGAGUUGUUUGAGACAAAAGGAGAGGAUCAUUGCUUUUAUUUGUUCAACCCCAAUGCUGACAAGGCUGGCCAUCUGCUGCAAAAAGUGGUUGAUUUCUUUAAUAUCUGAGCUGAAUUUAUUAUAUAGUUGGCUGAAAUCUGAACACCGGGCAGCUAUAAAUUUUUGCUGCGCUUGCUUGCUUAGUAUGCUUCUAGCUAGCUUAAUGGGUGAUUGUUUGUAGCAAUGUAGCGCAUAAAUUAAUAGAUAUAUGCAAACGUUUCUAGCUA